ACCACAUUCCCCUCCUCUCCCUCCUCUCGUAUCGACAUCCGGCCUCUCUCGACCUUCCGACGAUCAUACAUUCAUUCAUCCACCCACACAAAGGGACAUCCACCCUAUUACCCACCACGAGACCAGCCAGGAGAGAGAACAAAGACCUCUCUCCCUCUCUAAUCGUCGCGUCUUGUCUACAUUCCCACACUACUCCGAGAAGCAAGCCGCGGUCGCAUAUAUAUAUCCGUGUACACAUUCCCACCUCGCCAUGCAAACACCCCGUUCCCCAGACUUUACCAACAGUCGUCGACUUCCACCACACAAAACUUACGGAAGACGUAACAAGCCGACUCUACAACCCCAUCAGUUCGAUAAAGGAGAACAGAGGGGACCUUCGACGUCGCCCCUCACUUCACCACCACCUUCGUCACUACCCGAAGAGGACACGGAGAUGUUGGGUAGCACGUUGACAUACAACGCUCGGGAGACGGAUCUGCCGAGUUCUGGUCGUGAUAGACAGACGAUCCAGGUCGAAAGCAGAACUACUCGCACGAUGAGCAGCGUAGUGGGACACGUCAGCGACGGUCAUACGUCUGGGGCGCACAGGGUCGACCUCCGAGAAGCAGGAACCUCGUCGCGACCUAGCCUCAAGCGAGCUCGACCUCCUUCCAUCGCGGACUUAGGGGAGCAAUCGGCUUCUCAGACUGUGAAACGAGGUCGUGUCACCGACAACUCGAAUGAAGCUCCAAGGUCGAACGCGACUUCAGCUUCAAUCCCCAUCGCGUCAAAGUCGACCUCGACAUACACCUUCCGGCCCAUCCCGAUCAACGACCUCGUCCCCCUCUCCACCCCGCCGGACCUGGAAGGCGCUUCCUCCCUCCGAGCUCGUCAAGCCGCACAUACACCGAGGACCCCGCCGAGAGACCUAACGGAUCUGUUUUUACGUAAACCCAGUCCGAGCCCAGAGAGCAGGAAGCAGGGCGAAGGCCAGCGUGGUCAGUCAGACUUGUUAGGUCUGGGCAAGACGGACGAUCAAAUUGGGAGUAUGGGGAAUGUGAACGCGAACGCGAACGUGCCGAUCGAAUCGUCUGGCGCUGGAGCCGCUCGACCGGGACCUCUGAGAAAGGGGAGGAGGAAGAUGAUGACCCGUACGGAAUCGCUUGGGGAAGCGGACGAUCUCUUCUCUAAUCAGCGAGGCAGAAGAGAGGAGGACGAGUCCAACCGCGUCCUGCCCAUCAUCGUCGACGCUUGGGAACUAUCCAGCCCUGCGCGACCUGAUACCAAGCUGCCCGGAAGUGGUCCAAACAGCCCCGCUCAAGAGAGCCCUACCACGCCACGGGGGAUCGGACGGAGUUUCUCUUUCCAAUCUCCAUCAAGAAGAGAUCUCAAGACGCCUUCUCCACCCCGCCGACAAGCCGGACCCGGACUGGCUCGGACGGGCUCGUUACCGGACUCUCCGUCGGGAAAACCCACGUUGAGGCAUUCGUUGAGUACAAGCGCGACGCUCGCUGGGUUGUCUGGAUCUGCAUCGGGGGCGUCUAGUGGGGCUGGUCGGCCGAUCCGGACGUAUGGGAGACGACAAGCUACUCCUGACGAUCUCGAGUUACCAACCGGCCCGAACAGGUCAUUGCAAAAACAAACACAACAGCCAAAGUCUUCCUUGCAGAAGGAGACGAUCUUUUCCGACCCGCCGUCAGACGCAACUGCAGAUGGGUUGGAAAGCGAGGUCAAGGGGUUCUUGCUCUCAUCGCCUGAAGCACAUAAUAUUCUCAAGCCCCUCGGGAACCGAGCGGUCCCGGUACAAGAAGACAGUUAUGCCGAGCUCAACAAGAGGUUCGGGGUAGAUGUGGAGGAUGAGGAAGACUUUGAUCCCGAUUCGCAGGGGUCUCUAGGGGAUCUUAAAGCCCCGCCUAGCUUGGCGGAUCUUCGAUCGAAAGGAGAGAACCGGAGGUUCAUGGACGAGCUAGGCUAUCUGCGGGACGGUUUACGAGAUCCCAGUCUAUCUGCCAGGAGGAGCAGCGCCAUCGACAUCCUGAGCAAGUGCGCCGACGUGGCGUGGUUCGAAAGGCUCAGGAUCUGCGGGCAGGUGGAAUCGAUCUACGAGGAUUUUGCGGCUGCAGGCAAGGGCGAAUCUGACGAGGCGCUCGAUCUCGUGAUCCUGAUGUAUCUGGCGCAUCUAUCGCGGUCAACAAGCGACCUCGAGGUCAUCGUUGCGAGUCAUGCAAGCGAGGUCUGCGAAUUCCUCCUCAAUAGCAUAAGAGAGAGGCGCCUAAGUCUUAUCCAAAACGCUUCCGGCAGAAGGAAGAAGAGCCCCAGCAUGGAGAUUCUCAGGUCUGUGCGAAUCACUCUGACGGCCCCGGGCAUUACCGAGGAAAAGCGAACUCCGCUGGGAAUGGCCAGCGGGAUUCUCGCAACCAUCCUUGGCAGUGCAUUGGAGCACGAAAACGAGAUCGCGAACUUCGGCUCUCCCGAAGCUAUCGUCAUCGUCAUGGCAUCGACUAUACAACAGGAACUUUGCGCGGUACCUAAUCGCAUCGAACUUUAUGGCAAAGGACUGGAUCUGUUCACAGCAGACCAGCAGCCAGACUUUUUGGCUGUUCUUGAUUGCGUCAGACUUGUUCAGAGUCUCAUAACAGAGGUCGCGGAUUGCAAAACUGUUGUGCAAGACUCGUAUGCCGGUCUAGCGCCCUUGCUCGCGGAUUUGCUCCUAUUGCUCUCCCUCGGCAAGCCGUUGCAGCCGCUCUCAAGGAAUCAGAACGAAGAGUUGGUGACUUAUGUACUCAAGAUUCUUCUGGCCUUGACUCAGCAAAGCCCAAUAUGGUCGACGUCUUUCCUGAAAGGCACAGCGCCGUAUAUCGGACUUCUUCGACUACUCUUGGGUCUAAAGCCAGAGACUGGCUCUGCAUCGCCCACACCGAGCGAUGUUACGGUCACAGAUUGGAACGACCAGAAUUCGGUCGACGAAGCCGAGAUGACGAAUCUCGCUCUGGGCUGUCUCUUCAAUCUCGUACAAGAGGACUUGGAGCAUGGCCAGGCGAUAUUGUCUUUGGCGAUCGGCAAGCCAUGUCGAGGUUCCCGUAAUUGCGUAAAGGGAUGCCAUUGCCCGAACAAGAGCUCUGCCUUCAAUCACCUCGUGCAAAUGUUCAUUGCGCAGCAGAAGCACAAGGCCGACGACGCUGGCGCGGCGUUUCUGAGCGGUUAUCUCGCUCUGCUUUUCGCAAAGAUGAUCGACCACAAGCCCACAGCCAGCACACAGCUACUCUCGGCUUUAGGUAAAGGCGACAGACAAAGCAAGAUCGAUCUCUUGAUCAGCAGCGUCAUCGAGUUCCGAAAUACGUACGAAAAGUUUCAGCUUCAUCUAACAAAAGGAUUGCAACAACGUCUUGCCCCGGAAACAAGCGAAGAUGUCGAAAUAGUGGUCGACGAUGAAAACAGUGUCAGCACGAUCAAGCACGCGCUGAAGAUAUAUGAAGCUCUCCAGUAGUGGGACUCGAUAACGAAUACUCGACGAAAUGUAAUGACCAGAUACGAUGUGAGACGAAAGUAUAUCGACAGUAUAGGAAAUCAAA